AUGUACAUCAAGCAUGAUUGGGGUUCGGAAAUUGGUCUGAAGAGAAGCUACUUCCAUCUUUCUUUAUUUUUGAGUUCUAUCUCUCUUCAUUGCUUUAUUUCUCUUAAUUUUUACUUUCUUUUUAGUUACUUACUGCCUUUCAUUCUGUCUUUAUUUCUCUUUCGUUUGCUUUCAAUCUUCCUUUCUUUCUUUAGGUUUUUACUCAUCGUUCGCUUGCUUUGUUUUCUUUCUUUCUCUCUGAAUUCCAUGUUGACAGUCUUUAUUUCGGACAUUAUCGCUUUUCAUUCGUGCCUUCAACCUUUUCUGUCUCUGCCUGUCUAUCUUUCUCUCUCUCUCUAUCUCUCUCUCUAUCUCUAUCUAUCUCCAUCUAUCUCAGUCUGUUCCAUCUAUCUUCAGUCUGUUCAUAUGUAUCUAUCUAAAUCUCUUCAUAUCUAUCUAUCUAUCUAUCUAUCUAUCUCAGUCUGUUCUAUCUAUCUAAAGUCUAUUAUAUAUCUAUCUAUCUAUCUAUCAUCUAUCUAUCUAUCUAUCUAUCUAUCUCAGUCUGUUCAUAUGUAUCUAAAUCUAAAUCUGUUCAUAUCUAUCUAUAUAUAUCUAUCCCAGUCUGUUCAUAUCUCUGAAUCUAUCUAUCUAUCUAUCUAUCUAUCUAUCUAUCUAUCUAUCUCAGUCUGUUCAUAUCUAUCUAUCUAUCUAUCUAUCUAUCUAUCUAUCUAUCUAUCUAUCUCAGUCUGUUCAUAUCUAUCUAUCGAUCUAUCUAUCUAUCUAUCUAUCUAUCUAUCUAUCUAUCUAUCAAUUCUUCAUCGUUCUUUUCUCUGGAUAUUGCUCUUUAAAGUGACCAUCAUAUUUUGCCUUUAA